AUGAAUUCAAUUAGAAAGAGUACCAAGAAAAGUCAUCAUAAGAGCUCACGAUCGAGUGUGAAGUUGAAGCUCAAGGAAUAUGGACAUGAUUCCUUUGAGGAAUCACUUGAUGUUAAUUCUAUGAAGAAACAAAUACUUCCUGAGAUUAAUAGAAGCAAACAUAAUAAUAGCUAUGUCGAUCAGAAUAGCAAGGCUAGCAUUAUUAAUCCGCUAAUCAACAGGACAUUGGAGGAAAAAGAAGAAUAUAUGAAGCAGAGGAUGAAAGUUGUUGAGAAUAAAAGAAAAUAAGCAAAUCAAAGUUAAUUUUGAUCUCAACCAGAAAUUAAUAUCAAUGCAAGAGGAGAAAGAAAAAUUAUUGAUGAAGUUAAAAUAAAUCAACUGGAAAAGAUGUUAGUCCUCCCAAACAGACUACUUCAAUCGACGAAACAAAAUACAAAGAGGAGAUGAAGAAAUUACAAAAUACUAUCACCGAAUUUAAAUAAAAAGCUAAAAUUUCAGAAAAAUAUCGAGACAAAACUAAAGCAAGAAAAGGACCAAAUCACCAAAUACAAGGACCUCCAAAUCCAAAAACUCCAGCAAAAGCACCUACAAACCAUUACCUCCAAGGACAAAUUAAUCCACAAACUAAAAUCACAACUUGCUCAGUUAAAAUCUAGCCCAAAAGCCCCAGUUAAGCAGCUUACUUCUAAAGAAGACUCCCAGUCAGUCUCUUCAUACCAGAACAGUUAUUUUAGGGAGUCUGUGCCUGGAGAACUUGCUGAAGGAGUCUGACCUGAUUGAGCAAUGACCCCUAAUACAGAAGAAGUUAUAGCUACUUUGAAUCAGCAACUUCAGGAGUACAAGGACAGAGUUAUAGAAGAGAGUAAGGAGACUGAACGGCUAAGGAGGAUUGUUGAUAAAUGAAGGGCUGAGAUAGAUCAUUUGAAUAUGAUUGAUCAAAGUAUUAAAUUAGAAGUAGAAGCCUUAAAAGCCCAGAAAGAAGAAAUUCUUGUUGAGAAUCUAACAAUUAAGAAGUUAGCUAAAAAGGUUUUAGGUGAUAAAGAAGAUUCAGAACAAUUUGAUUUUACAAAAGAGCAAGAGAAGGUAAAUGAGCUUGUAAUGGCUACUAAAAAGAAGAAUGAAACUUUGUCAAAAGAAAAUGAAAUUCUGACUAAGAGAUUGAAAGACCUUGAACAGACCAAAUCAGCAACAUCUUCAAAAAUAGACGAAUUAAUUAGAGAGAAUGACAUUAAUAUUGAGAAGGUCAGCAGGCUUGAACUAGAGCUGCAUCAUAGGAAAUAGGAAGCCGAAUUUGUAGAGGAAUACCUUUGAGUG